CGGAGCGGUGCCGCAGCACAGACGGACGAGUUUGGCUUCUCCCUCACGGACGGGUUCUACAGGCGGGGAGGCUGGAAUUCUCCGUGGAGCUGCCGAGGAAGCAGCUGUCAACAGGGACCUGCAGCUCCCAGCUGGCUCCACAGCUCGGCUCACGGCUCAGCACCUGAAGGCAGCUGCUGCUCAUUCAGGGGACACGGCCAUCAGAUUUGUCCUGAGGAGGGACCCCAGCAGGGGCCAGCUGCAGCUGACCACAGCUGAUAUUCCAGUCCAGAUCUCUGCCAAAGGACCCUUCCAAAGUUUCACCCAGGCCGAUAUAAACAAAGGGCAUGUGGUGUACAGCCACGGGAGAGGGAUCCUGGUGGAAACUUCCCUUUCACCUUUGAUGUGAUGGAUUCAGAUGACAACAAACUGAUGGACCAGGAUUUUUACAUCCAUGUCAUAGAGGACAGAUUUCCCCCCUCUAUCAUCACUAACAAGGGGCUGGUGUUGGAUGAGAACUCGGCAAAGACAAUCACAACCCUCCAGCUCUCGGCCACUGACCAGGACAGAGAAGCCUCCCAGCUCCAGUUCAAGGUCACCUGGCAGCCACAGCUGGGGCAUCUGGAGCACGUGGCUUCCCCAGGGACAAGAAUUAGUUCCUUCAGCCAGGCAGACUUGGCCUCUGGCAGCAUCCAGUACAUCCACACCAGUGACGAGGAAAAGCACACGGAUGCCUUCACCUUUUCUGUGUCCGAUGGGACAAACGAGGUGAGCCAGACAUUUGACAUCACCAUAAACCCCGUGGAUGACUCCUUACCCAUCGUGCAAAUCUUUGGGAUGACAGUUCAGGAAGGGGUGAGAAAAACCAUCACGGAGUUUGAGCUCAAAGCGACAGAUGCUGACACAGAGGUGGAGUCCCUGACAUUCAGGGUGGUACAGCCGCCCCGGCACGGGCUGAUCGAGCGCAGCGGCCGCGGGCAGCGUCCUCUGCAGGCCACCACCUUCACCAUGGAUGACAUCUACCAGAAGCGCGUCAGCUACAGCCACCGCGGCGGCAGCGCGCUCAGGGACCGCUUCACCCUCACCGUCUCCGACGGCACCAGCCCCCUCUUCGUGGUGCAGGAGGGAGGGAAGAAGGUGGUGACGGCAGCACCGCAGCGCUUCCAGGUGGACAUCCUCCCUGUGGAUGAUGGGACACCCAGGGUGGUCACCAACCUGGGCCUGCAGUGGCUGGAGUACACGGAUGGCAAGGCCACCAAUCUCAUCACUAAGAAGGAAUUACUGACUACAGAUCCUGACACAGAUGACAAACAGCUGAUGUAUGAGAGAACAGCUGGUCCCAGAAAUGGCCACGUGGAGAACAAGCUGAAGCUGGGCACAGCUGUGACCACCUUUACACAGGAGGAUGUGAACCAGGGCCUCAUUCGGUACAUGGCGCACAAGGAGAAGGUCCAGGAGACCACAGACAGCUUUCGGUUCCUAGUGAAGGACAGCAAACUCAACGUGGUCAGCGGCAACGUCUUCCAUGUCCAGUGGUCCCUUCUCAGCUUUACUCACGGCAGCUACGAGGUCAGGGAGAGCGCCGGCUCAGUCAGCGUCGCCGUGAGGCGGGUGGGGAACCUCAACCAGUACAGCAUUGUCCUGUGCCGCACCGAGCAGGGAACGGCCACCGCUGGAGCCGCAUCACGGCCUGGGGAGCAGGACUACGUGGAGUAUGCGGGGCAGUCACGCGGGUUAUUUGCUGUCAGAAGAGGGAAUGCCUCAGAGCAGGGUGAGACGGGAAGGACGGGAAGCUCCAGAGCCCGGUCCAAGGACAGCAGCCAGAUUUCUGCCUUCCAGGUGCAGUUUGAGGAGCGGGAGGACAACAAGGCCUGCACUGUCACCAUCAACGACGUGUUCGAGGGCACGGAGAGCUUUUCUGUGGAGCUCAGCAUGCCGGCCUACGCCCUGCUGGGGAACGUCACCCGGGCCACCAUCACCAUCGUGGACCCCGAGGACGAGCCCACGCUGCAGUUCGACAGGAGCGCCUUCCACGUCAGCGAGAGCGCCGGCUUGCUCUCGGCUCCCGUGCAAAGGAAAGCUGGGUCGGGCUGGGCAGGAUGUCCUGAGCCCCAUGUGAGGGACAUGUGGCAGAGGGGGAACCCUUGUGACAGAGAGCGAGCCCUUGGGCUGUGCCUGCUUGUGGUUUUGGGGUCUUCUCCAAUGUUAUGUGACACAACUGUGAAAUCUCAAGCUACACACAGUGUGUUUGUUCUUUAA